AAAGGAGAAGAGAGAGAAUAGGUCCAAGUAUUAAUGUCUCUGAAGGAGGAGGAGAAGGAAGAAAACCGCGUUUGACCUGUUCUCAAAUUCUUCCACCAUGACGGCCUCUACCAUCGCCUGCCCUAGCCACCCUGUUCUUCUUUCUUUACUUCUCGCUGCCAUUGCGUCAAACUAGUUCUUCUCAAUCUUCUACGCUGUUUUUCUUCCUUUUUGAUUUCGAGUUUCAGUUUUGAUUACCUAUCUGUUUCUGUUUUCUUUUCGAUCUGAUUUCUUGAGUGAUUUGAUUGUUUGAGGGGUUUUUGUUCUGAUUUCAUGGCGGAGAUCAAGCUGAUCUUGGCUCGGCCGAUUCAAUUGGCCGACCAAGUUACCAAAGCGGCCGAUGAGGCUACUAACUUCAAGCAGGAGUGUGCUGAUCUUAAGGCCAAGACGGAGAAGCUUGCUACUCUUCUCCGUCAGGCGGCUCGAGCGAGUUCCGAUCUCUAUGAGCGACCGGCUACUCGGAUCAUUAACGAGACUGCACAAGCCCUAGAUAAAGCUCUGGCACUGGUGCUUAAAUGUAGCGGGAAUGGUCUUAUGAAGCGAGUUUUCACAAUCAUUCCUGCCGCUGCCUUUCGUAAAUCUUGCUCACAGCUUGAUAAUUCCAUCGGUGAUGUCUCGUGGUUGCUCCGAGUUUCCGCCUCUGCUGAGGAUCGUGGCGAUGAGUAUUUAGGUCUUCCCCCUAUCGCUGCUAACGAACCGAUUUUAGGUCUCAUAUGGGAACAGAUUGCUAUUCUUUCUACUGGCUCGCCGGAAGAUCGAUCCGACGCGGCGGCGUCGCUGGUUUCUUUGGCGAAAGAUAGCGAGAGAUAUGGGAAACGGAUAAUUGAAGAGGGCGGCGUUGGGGCGCUGCUGAAAUUGCUGAAAGAUGGUAGGGUUGAAGGUCAAGAAAACGCUGCAAAUGCAAUUGGGCUUUUAGGUCGUGACCCUGAGAAUGUUGAGGCCAUGAUUCAGGCUGGUGUCUGUCAGGUGUUUGCGAAAAUUCUCAAAGAAGGUCCGAUGAAAGUUCAGGCUGUGGUUGCUUGGGCUUUAUCGGAACUCGUUUCGAGUUACCCAAAGUGCCAAGAUCUUUUCGAACAGCACUACAUAAUCCGCUCCCUUGUUAGCCAUCUUGCGUUUGAAACUGUUCAGGAACAUAGCAAGUACAAUAUCACUGCCAAUAAAUCCAUCUCGAUUCAUGCUGUGGUAAUGGCGAGCAACCCCAAAACGAAUAACAAUGUGCAUAAAGCUGUGGAAGAUGAUGAUCGGCAGCUCCAUAGCAAGAUUCUUCAUCCGAUGGGUAAUCGAACCCCAAAUCAGAUGCACGCGGUGGUUACCAACUCUAUGAACAUGCUCUCUGGUGGGUCGGCGGCGGCUACAACUGCUGCUCCACAGGCCAGCCAUGGCGAAGGCCACAGCCUUAGCAGCAAUGGAAAGCAUAUUCUUCACCAUUCCCCUUACCUUCAUCAUGCUCAUUCCGGUCCCAGCACGAAGGGGAGGGAACUCGAGGACCCGGCCACAAAAACCAAGAUGAAAGCGAUGGCAGCUAGAGCCAUUUGGCAGCUUGCUAAAGGGAACUUGACAAUCUGCCGUAGCAUUACAGAAUCAAGGGCUCUGUUGUGUUUUGCCGUUCUACUUGAGAAAGGGGAAAAGAAUGUGCAGCAUAACUCUGCAAUGGCAUUGAUGGAGAUCACAGCCAUGGCAGAGCACGAUCCUGAUUUGAGAAGAUCAGCUUUCAAGCCGACUUCCCCUGCUUGCAGAGCUGUUGUGGAACAGUUGCUGAAGAUCAUUGAAAGAGAAGAUGAAAAUCUCCUCAUUCCUUGUAUCAAAUCCAUUGGACAUUUGGCAAGAACGUUUCGAGCGACCGAGAAGCGAAUGAUCAGCCCAUUAGUGCAGCUUCUCGACGAGAGAGAGACCGAGGUCUUGAAGGAGGCCUGCAUUGCUCUCACCAAAUUUGCCUGCACUGAAAACUUCCUCCACAUUAACCACUGCGAGGAAAUCAUAGCUGCAGGAGGAGCAAAACACUUAGUCCAGCUAGUGUACUUUGGGGAGCAAAGUGUUCAAACUGCAGCUGUAACUCUAUUGUGCUACAUUGCCCUGCAUUUGCCUGAUAGAGAGGAGCUUGCACGGGCCGAGGCGCUUCCUGUGAUCGAAUGGGCGUCAAAACAAUCACAUUUGACGCAGGACGAAUCACUCGAAAGACUCUUACAUGAGGCCGGAAGUAAGCUAGAGCUGUUUCAAUCCAGAGGUCCAAGAGGGUAUCAUUGAUUUCAAUCAAUACACAGGCAAGAUUCUCAUCUCUUUUACAAGUUGAAAUUAUUUCAAUUUUUAUCUUCUUUACUUAUACCCAUCAUCAUUUUGCUUCAAGUAGUGUACGUAUAGAUUCAUUUUUCAUCCACAAUUGUUCAAAAAGUAUGUAAUAAUUUAGUGAAAGUUGUUUGCUUCCUUCUGUGUAUCCUUCAUCUACCUGACAUGGAGAACAGUUUUCAGGCUCCUACAUAUUUGUUUUCAAAGAUCAUAUACCUUUUUGUCUCGUUUCUUUUU